AUGGUCAGCCGUCGUGGACGUCCUCCAAACGGGACGGUGCUCGCGUGCCUGUUUGUGCGCCGUCGGAGUCCCAGCAGACCCGCCUCCUCCAUCAGCGAGGACCGAGGACGGCAGCAAAGCCUCGUGGUCCGGAAGAUUCAUACUGAAGAGAAGUCUUUUAAAUGUAAUGAUUGUGGAAAGGCUUUCUCCUACAGAUCACUCCUUAUUGGCCAUCAGAGAAUCCACACUGGGGAGAAACCUUUUGAAUGCAAUCAGUGUGGAAAGGCUUUCACACAGAAAGCCAGUCUUGUUUUACAUCAGAGAAUCCACACUGGGGAGAGACCCUAUAAAUGUAAUCAAUGUGAAAAGGCUUUCAGAAAGAGCUCCAGUCUUGGUAAACAUCAAAGAAUCCAUACUGGAGAGAAACCUUAUGAAUGUAAUCAAUGUGGAAAGGCUUUUAGUCAGAGCUCCAAUCUUGUUGCACAUCAAAGAAUCCACACUGGAGAGAAACCUUUUCAAUGCAAUCGAUGUGGAAAAGCAUUCAGAUACAGCUCCAGUCUUGUUUCACAUGAGAGAUUCCAUACUGGAGAGAAACCUUUUCAAUGUAAUCAUUGUGGAAAGGCUUUUCAGUGUAACUCCCAUCUUGUGGAACAUCUAAGAACUCACACUGGAGAGAAACCUUAUAAAUGUAAGCAAUGUGUAAAAGCUUUCACAAAACACUCCAGUCUUAUUAAACAUCAUAAAAUUCACACUGGAAAGAAACAUUAUGAAUGUAAACAAUGUGGAAAGGUUUUCAGAUGCCAUUCUCGUCUUAUUGAUCAUGAGAAAAUCCACACUGGAGAGAAGCCUUAUAAAUGUAAUCAAUGUGGAAAGGUUUUCACAAAGAGCUCCACUCUUAUUGUACAUCAGAGAAUGCAUACUGGAGAGAAACCUUAUAAAUGUAAUCAAUGUGAAAAGGCUUUCGCACAGAAGAACCAUCUUGCUGUACAUCAGAGAAUCCACACUGGAGAGAAACCUUAUAAAUGUAAUCAUUGUGAAAAGGCUUUCAGAAUUGGUUGCAGUCUUGCUAAACAUGAGAGAAUCCACACUGGAGAGAAACCUUAUGAAUGUAAUCAAUGUGGAAAGGCCUUUACACAGAGGGCCAAUUUUGCAAAACAUCAGAGAGUUCACACUGGAGAGAAACCUUUUGAAUGUAAUCAGUGCCACCAAACUUCACCCCAGGUCUGGAAUUCCAUCUGGACAACCAUCCACCAGGCUGACAUCAUUAUACCUGAGAGCUCUACGUUCCUCUCCCCUCCAUCAUCUCUGCACCCCCUCCUCCUGAGUCUUCUAGGCCAUAACACUAGUCUAGGGCAGUGGCCCAUAGGCCAGAUGUGA